GCUAUUUUUGGUCCUUCGAGUUGGAUUAAUAUAGUCUAUUCUUUCUCUAAUAAUGAUUUGUUAAGUAUCUUAGAAAACUAUCUCCCACACUUGCAAUUAAUCAUUUCUGUUUCUGUUUAAUCUUUUCUUAUCUGUGAUCGCUUUAAUUUUUUUUGUACAUCCUUCGUUGAAGCUAGUAUAAUAAUAUAAUAAAAAUAUUUUUAAAUUUGUCUAAAGUAACUUAAUUAAAAAAGACAGUAAAAGGGGGUCUACAAUUUUAUAGUCCUUGGUCCGUACGUACCAAUAUAUUUGUCGUGGGUUUUUUAAUAUUUUAGAGUGUAGCGCUCUUCGAUCCGUUGUAAACGUUUGCUUUUAAAAAAAAGUGUAUAUACUCUGACAAAAUGGCCAGCGAUAGUCCAAGUAAAAAAUUAAAAAGAUUGUCUGAUUCCGACAGAGUGGCGGAAUACGAUGUGGAAACUCAAAAAGCCUUGGAAGAAAUAGAUUCACUUCAAAACGAAUUAGAUAAAAUUAAUGAGGAAGCCAGUCAAGAAAUUUUGCAGCUCGAACAGAAAUAUAACCAUAUCAGAACGCCGUAUUUGGACAAACGGACUCAAAUUAUCAGCAAUAUUCCCAACUUCUGGGUUACAGCUAUAAUGAACCAUCCUGAUCUAAGAGGACUUGUUGGAGGCUCUGAUGAAGAGGAUUGCUUGCAUCAUUUAACAAAACUUGAAGUUGAAGAAUUUGAUGACAUAGUGUCAGGCCAUGUUAUAAAAUUCUAUUUUGAUGAAAAUCCAUACUUUGAGAACUCAGUGCUUACUAAAGAAUUUCAUCUUGGAGAGGAAGUCCCCAAUUCCAGAAGUACCGCUAUCGUCUGGAAAGAAGGCCAGCAAUUAGGUAGUAAUCAUCAGGACGUCAACAGGACUGGCACAAGGAAAAGACGCUUGGAGUCAAUGAAACAUAGUUUCUUUAGUUGGUUUAAUGAUAAUGUUGAUCCAUAUACAGAUGAUAUUGCAGACAUCAUCAAAGAUGACUUGUGGUUAAAUCCUCUUCAGUACUACCUCGUUGCUGAUGGCCAAGAAGAAGAGAAUGGAAUAGGAGAUGAUGAGAGUAGUAGUGAAGAUAAUGAUGAAGCAGGAGAUAGUAACAACAGGUCGUCAUCUACAUUGGAUGCAUCUUUUGAUGUGAGACCGAUUUAGAUCAGUAUUUGUUUUCUGUUAUAUAUAGGUUAUAAUUCUAUCUAUGUUUAUUUUUGCAAAGAAUUAAAUUUUGCUUUAGUUACUUAUCUGUAUUAAAUAAAGUUUUGCA